AGUCGCUGGUGUCCCACGCGGUCUGUCCUCUUUAGCUGACUAGCUGCUCUCGUCGCUGCACCAUGGACGCCCUGAAGCAAGUAAUCAACUUCGGGCCCGGGCCCGCCAAACUGCCGCACUCGGUGUUGUUAGAGGUUCAGAAAGAAUUAUUAGACUACAAAGGAGUGGGCAUUAGUGUUCUUGAAAUGAGUCACAGGUCAUCAGAUUUCGCCAAAAUUAUAAACAAUGCAGAGAAUCUUGUGCGGGAGUUGUUGGCAGUUCCAGAAAACUACAAGGUGAUUUUUUUGCAAGGAGGUGGGUGUGGCCAGUUCAGUGCUGUCCCCUUAAACCUGAUUGGCCUAAAACCUGGAAAGUGUGCCGACUAUGUGGUGACUGGAUCUUGGUCAGCAAAGGCAGCAGAGGAAGCCAGGAAGUUUGGGACUGUGAACAUUGUCCAUCCUAAACUUGGGAGCUAUACAAAAAUUCCAGAUCCAAGCACCUGGAACCUCAACCCAGAUGCCUCCUAUGUGUAUUUCUGUGCAAACGAGACCGUGCAUGGUGUGGAGUUUAAUUUUAUACCUGAUGUCAAGGGAGCAGUACUGGUUUGUGACAUGUCCUCAAACUUCUUAUCCAAGCCAGUGGAUGUUUCCAAGUUUGGUGUGAUUUUUGCUGGGGCCCAGAAGAACGUUGGCUCUGCUGGGGUCACAGUGGUGAUCGUCCGGGAUGACCUGCUGGGGUUUGCCCUCAGAGAGUGCCCCUCCUUCCUGGAGUACAAAGUGCAGGCCGCAAACAACUCGUUGUACAACACRCCUCCAUGUUUCAGCAUUUAUGUUAUGGGCUUGGUCCUGGAGUGGAUUAAGAACAAUGGUGGGACAGCAGCUAUGGAGAAGCUCAGCUCCCUCAAAUCUCAGAAGAUCUAUGAGAUAAUUGAUAAUUCUCAAGGAUUCUAUGUAUGCCCAGUGGAGCCCCAAAAUAGAAGCAAGAUGAAUAUUCCAUUCCGCAUUGGGAACGCCAAAGGAGAUAAUGAUUUAGAGAAAAGAUUUCUCGAUAAAGCACUUGAACUCAAUAUGAUUUCCUUGAAAGGCCAUAGGUCUGUGGGAGGCAUUCGGGUCUCUCUGUAUAAUGCUGUCACCACUGAAGAUGUUGAAACCUUGGCCACCUUCAUGAAAAAUUUUUUGGAGAUGCAUCAGCUAUGAAAGAGACCUAUUCUCUGCCUUUGUAUAAUGUAUACAGAGUGUAAAGUAAUUGGGAAUGGCUACAAAAACUUGACAGACAGGUUAAGUUUCUUCAGAUAAACAUGCUUAUUAUAGAUUCCAUUUUCAAAGAACAAUAGCAAGACAUCCACAGCUCUGCCCAGUUGAUGCAACCACCAGCUACUGGUCACUUCAAUUCUGACUCAAACUGGAAGUAUUUUUAAAAAUCUUCCUCUUGCUUUUCUAAUGAAUUCCAGCCUAUUUUGUCUUUGCUGCUACUUUUUCUAGCUAGACCUCAGUAUUUGAACUUGCUUGGACUUAAUUAUGCCAGUUGCAAUUAGUUAUGGAGGGUGUGUGGGGGUCCUCUGGGUACAGAAUCUGGGAGUAGUGGGGUCUGCAGCUUUGAUUAACCCAUUAAAUCCCAAGUUUUCAACUCUGAAAAUAUUUCAAUGAAAUUGACACAGGUGCAUAAAUUAGGUUGGAAAUCAUAACCUAAAGCUUAUUAUAUAGUUUAUUAUC